AUGUUUCUUCAGGUGUUGAUGAACUGGCGCGAUCAACAGUGUUUGAGAUUUCUAUGGCGGAACGAAGAAUCAAAUCGUAGCCCAGAUGUCUAUGUCACAAAGGUAAUGACUUUCGGGGCAACCUGCUCACCCAGCUGUGCACAAUAUGUGAAGAACCACAAUGCGCAACGGUUUCAGGAUAAGUUCCCGAGGGCAGUGGAGGCGAUAAUUAGAGAGCAUUACGUGGAUAAUAUGCUGUCCAGUGUGGAGACGGAAGAUGAGGCGAUUAAGCUAGCUGAGUUGAAGGCAAAUCCAGGAGAGGAGAGCUUGAGCGAAAUGGGAACCGAGAAAGUUCUGGGAUUGUGGUGGUGCACCGCAGCCGACACCUUCACCUUCAAAGUGUCUUCGAUGAUAAAUGUCGAUCUACUGCAGGGUUAUAUCGUGCCAACCAAAAUGCAUAUUUUGAGUACGCUGAUGACGAUUUACGACCCACAUGGACUACUUGCGAAUUUCCUAAUGUUCCUGAAAAUCCUGUUCCAGGAAAUUUGGCGUAGUGGCAUAAAUUGGACGAACCCAUUAAGAGCGAACAGUGGGAGAAAUGGCAAAUAUGGUUAUGCAUCCGAAAACGGAUAUGCCGCAGUUGCCUACCUCCGGUUCGAAGAAGAUGGCGAAGUGGAAUGUGCGCUCGUCGGUCGGUCUCACCAGCUUAAACCAACAAAACAGUUUUUCUGGACGGAUGCGCGUAACGUUCUUUGCUGGUUGAAUUCUGAUCACUGGAGAUACAAUCAAUUCGUCGCAAUACGGAUUAGUGAAAUUCUAGAGUUGACCGAGGUUAACGAAUGGAAUUGGAUUCCGACGAAACUGAAUGUUGCUGACGAUGCAACGAAAUGGCAGAAACUCCCGGAUUUUUCUCCUGCUAGUCGUUGGUUCAGUGUUCCACAAUUCUUGUGGGAGGCAAAGGAAGAGUGGCCUGUUGCAGUAUCGAGCUUCAAUUACACCGCAGAAGAGAAGCGACCCAAUGUGCUACAUCACUCCGUCAAGCGUGUCCUUUUUAGAGAUAGCUGCAUUACAGAAACCGAAGCUCGCACCAUGAGUAGCUCGCUGUAUGGGCUCAGCCCGUUUCUGGAUGAAGAGGGGCUGCUGCGAAUGAAAGGCCGUAUAGACGCUUGUGAAGACGUCGAUGAUUGUAUGAAGCGCCCGAUACUGUUGCCGAAGUGUCAUCCCGUUACCGACCUCAUUAUAUCUAGUGUUCAUCAGCAUUUCUGUCACAUGAAUCACCAGACUACACUCAACCAGAUUCGGAGUAGAUUUUACGUGUCGCAGCUACCGUCGGCCUAUAAACGCGUACGAGCACGGUGGCAGCACUGCAAGAUUCGCCAGGCGAAGCCAGUUGCUCCGGAAAUGUCAGCUCUGCCACCCGCACGCCUGAAGGCUUUCUGUCGUCCAUUUUCCUACGUUGGCAUCGACUACUUCGGUCCAAUGCAUGUAGUUGUUGGCCGGAGGACCGAGAAACGAUGGGGAGUGCUGAUCACAUGCCUAACGGUGCGAGCGAUAUAUCUUGAAGUUGCAGCCUCACAACCGACUAAUGCGUUCUCGCCAUCAGAAACUUCGUCGCCAGGAGAGGUACCCCUCUGGAGAUAG